AUGCGGAAAAACACCACGAAUACUUUCGCAUGUCAGCUGUUAAGUUUGACGAUUUGCUUCACGAAUCAAGCCACACAUCAAACAUCGGCGACGCACAUUGAUCCUGUUGGACCUGCAAUCCGGCUUGCUGUUAUGCUGCGUUACCUUGCAACAGGCAUGAGUCUACGAGCAUUAGCAGCCAGCUACCAGCUCGGCCCAGCAACAGUUUGUAAAAUCGUGGCCGAGGUCUGCCAAGCCAUAUGGACUGUCCUAAAGGAUGAGUUUGUGGCUUUCCCUGAUACAGAUCAGUGGAAGAACAUAAGGCGGGAUUUCUGGGAUUUCUGGAACUUACCAAACUGCCUUGGCGUAAUAGACGGGAAACAUGUGAGGGUACGUGCACCAUGUCACUCUGGAAGCGCAUUUUUUAAUUACAAGGGAUACUUCAGCUUCAUCCUAUUGGCUGUGUGUGAUGCCAGAUACAGAUUCACUGUUGUGGAUAUAGGAGCAUACGGGCGUGACAGUGGCGCAGGAGUAUUUGUGAGAAGCAAGUUUGGCUCACAACUUAUUGAAGGAAACCUGUCCCUGUUGCCUCCAUCUACUCUGCCUGGCAGUGAAGUGCUGAGCCUCCAUGUCUUCGUUGCAGAUGAAGCAUUCCCUUUGAAGAAUAACCUGAUGAGACCCUAUUCAGGAACCAAUCUCACUCCUGAGCAGCGCAUCUACAAUUAUCGGCAUUCCAGAGCAAGGCGGGUUGUAGAGAAUGCAUUUGGAAUUCUUGCUGCUAGGUGGAGAAUUUUUGGAAAGGCCAUGGAGUGUUCAGUUGACAGAGCACAAGACAUCACCAAAGCGUGGAUUUGUCUACACAAUUAUCUCUGCACUGGUGACAGUAUGGAGCCUGAUGGGACAUGA